GGUAUUUGAAGGUAGAAAACGCAGCACCCAAUGGGAGACGCAUGGAGUCACAGCUCGUUUUAUGUUUUAAAAUGAAAAGCUUAGAAAUGGCAUUCGGCCCAAGAAGCAACAAUAAUCUGAUAACUUAACCUUGUUUAGGGAUAGGCAUAGUGUUAAAAAUAUUUGUUGAGGGCUUUCCAGAACGUGCUCAAGCAAGGUCAAAUUCAGGGAAUCUUGUUCCUCACUGCUUAAGGCAUGGCUUCACUUUCAGAAUAUGCAUUGCGUAUGUCUCAUCUGAGUGCCCAGAUCUUUGGUGAAGUGGCCAUACCUACUGAUUCGAAGUCCAGGAAAGUGGUGAAUAUGUUCAGUGGACAGCCCUUGGCCAAAAAGAAAGAGACCUACGACUGGUAUCCAAAUCACAACACGUAUUUUGCACUCACGGGCACACUCCGUUUCCUUGGCCUUUACAGAGAUGAGCAUCAGGAUUUUAUGGAUGAGCAAAGAUGUCUAAAGAAGCUCCGUGGAAGGGGGAAACCAAGGAAAGGAGAAGGAUAAGAUCUACAAAGAGGAAAUAGUAUCAGCUCACCAAGAAAGGAAAUUCCUUCCUCAGUGACUAAGGAAGUGUACCUCAUUAACUUUUCACACAUUAGAGGAAGGUGACCUUCCUCAGGAGACAUCAACCCAUGUUUGCAUGCACUUCAGUUAAGCUGUGACUGGUUUCUUGAAGAUGUUCUAAUUCUUCAAAGUUAUAUUUACAUUGGUUUUGUAAUCUGAAGUUUACCUCCUUUUUUAAUGGAAUGAAUAAACUGUUGUUUAG